CGUAGGGAGUUGAGGGAAUGUGGAAUUGUGGGGUGAGCAGCAGCCGAUGAUUACUCAGGGACGGUCGGUGGGCUAAGCGGGCCGUUACUGUCAUCGCGCUCGUGCUCGUAUCGCGCUGGCAGGGAGGCAAGUUUAGCACAGUCGGACUGCGUUGCUGUGUCACUUUCGGUUUUGCUGUGUUGGCUUGGAUGUCAGAAACCUGACUCGGAAGUUGUACCAUCCUACCAAACUCGGUUCUGGUGGCUCUACACUUGCCCAGUCUGGAAUGAGAAACCUGCUCUGCCGCCUGAUGAUGGUGAAGCCAACUCAAGUUAGAACUGUCUCUGGAGUUCCCGCCAAGCCGAAACCGACCGUGUCGACUAAACGGUGCUAUGAGGAUGCAGUGUAUGCCCUCAAUAACCUCCAGAGCAAUGAAGCUACUCUGAAAAUAUCAAUGCAACACCCACCCAAUGCAUUCCUCAAGUCAAGGCGAAUGCCUGAGCACCUGCAGGCUGUUGGGCUAAAGGUAUCAGAUCUUGAUGACCUCAAGAUAAUCCAUGUGGCUGGAACAAAAGGGAAAGGAUCAACAUGUGCUUUCGCUGAAUGUAUUCUCAGACAGCAUGGCUUUAAAACGGGUCUCUACACUUCUCCGCAUCUUGUGGCAGUUCGAGAAAGGAUCAGAAUAAAUGGGAAACCGCUGUCUGAAGAUGCUUUUGCAAAGUACUUCUGGGAUGUUUACCACAACUUAAAAGCCAAGGAGGGAGCAAACAUUCCAGCCUAUUUUCAGUUCUUGACAGUAAUGGCAUUCAAGGUAUUCAUCAUGGAAAAGGUUGAUGUGUUGGUGCUUGAAGUAGGCGUUGGUGGCGAAUACGAUUCCACUAAUGUAAUAAGGCACCCUACUGUGGUUGGCAUCACAUCCUUGGGUUUGGAUCAUACACGUGUGCUAGGCUCAAGCCUGCAGGAAAUUGCUUGGCAAAAAAGUGGCAUUUUCAAGAAAGGCUGCCCAGCCUUUUCACUUCCCCAACCAGAGGGUGCAUACGAAGUGCUCCAGGAGAGGGCACGGGAGAGGGGGUGUUCACUCAGCUUAGCACCACCACUUUUGACAUAUGAAUGCGAGUUACCGCUCCGUCAACUGGGUAUACCAGGGGAGCCACAGCAGGCAAAUGCAUCCCUUGCCCUGCAGUUGUGCAAGACUUGGCUUUCAAAACAUUGCUCAUCAAGCUCUUCAGCCAGAAAACACGUAGCAAGAGAUGCUGCUCAACGGAAAUGGCUACAGGAGCAGAAUUUACCUUUUAUUGCUGCUCCUUUCCCAAUAUCAAAGUUAAUGGCUAAAGGUCUUGAGCAGUGCCGGUGGGCUGGUAGGUGUCAGGUGGUCCCUGCUGGAGAAGGCAUGACGCUGUACUUGGACGGUGCACACACAGAGGAGUCUGUGCAUUACUGUGUACGCUGGUGGCGGGAAGCUUCAACCUCUGAACAAUGCAGCCUGGGCCCGACGGUUCAAGUUCGCCGUGUGCUUCUAUUCAACUGUAUGGGGGACCGGCGGCCUGAGGUUCUGCUCUCCUAUUUAGCAGAGGAACCCUUUCAUGUAGCUGUCUUCACUCCUAAUCGCAUCACCAUAAACAAGAGCCCAUACUCGGACCAAAGUGACUUUACUGUGGAGAAGUGCACAGAGAUGGCUAGAUGCAAAUCCAACAUGCGCAUCUGGUGUCACCUACUGUCAAGCCUACAGGAAGAAGAAAUGCUUGGUGUUGGCAGCCCUACUUCUCCGCCAAGCCUCAAGGGAAACCCUGAAGAUUCUUGCAUUGUCUUUCCCAGCAUCUCGGAUGUCAUGAACUGGCUCCGGGAGCAGCAGAUGGCUGCCAAGCAGUUGACCCCUCCAUGCCACAUACAGGUUUUGGUAACUGGAAGCCUUCAUCUAAUUGGUGGAGUUAUGCGCCUACUGGAUCCCAAACUUGCAUUGCUUUAGUAGUUAUGCGAAUCAGCAGUCACUAGCAAAUCUUCAGCUGCAUAGAAACUAUACAUGCAUUGCAUUUCCUUUAGAAGAGGGCACAUUUUAUGAAUUGCAUUUUUUACCUUCUGUACAACACCAAAGGUAUUGGUAUACCUUGUACCAUGAAUGCGUUUACUGGUGCUGGUUUUACUGAAGGUUUCUAUUUUUAAGUUCCAUUGCCAAUAGUAUUACCACUAUGUGACAGUUUUAACAUGAACUUGUGCCUUUAUGAAGCUCUAGUUCAGUUCGCAUGUCUAUAGCAUUGUUAGCUGUCUGCUGAGUAAUGCAUUAAAAAAAGUUAUUUCUUGUAGCCUCAAAUAGCCUUUCAUAAUUGUUGCAUUGACAAAUCGCAUCUAUGGCCAUUGUAGUUUGUGAUGUCGUUAAUGCACAUAGCUUGACAUGGUGCAUUUAAACUAUUAUCUAGCUCAAAUUUUUCCAAGUUUAUCUUUCUAUGGCAUAGUGUGGGGCUGGUACAAACAAGGACAAGAGACCCGCUGUGGCGUCGUAGUGGCUUUGGCGUUGCACUGCUAAAUCCGAGGUCGUGGGAUCAAAUCCCAGCUGCGGCGGCUGCAUUUCGAUGGCGGUGAAAUGCAAAAAUGCCCAUGUACCAUGCAUUGGGUGCACAUUAAAAAACCCCAGGUGGUCAAAAUUAAUCCGGAGCCCCCCACUAUGGUGUGCCUCACAGUUAUGUUGUGGUUUUGGCACGUAAAAACCCAGAAUUUGAUUAAAGACAAGAGGAAGAACAAACUUAAACUUGCCUUUCUCCUUCUCCUUUUCUGGUUUUCAUGCUGUGAAAUCAGCAUUAUUAUCCUGCUAAUGUGAAUUUCAGUUAGUAUGGCCAUCCUUUUAAUUAUGGUUUACCACGAGUCCCAAAAGGUGUCAAUGCUAUAUUUAGUAAUUUUAUUUCAACUUUAGAUGUUUUGAAACGCCUUUGCGUGUUUCCCAAGGAUUUAUUUACCCGAAGUAGACUGCACUGAAUGGGAAGUAGGUUUUGUUGAAAAAUUGCGGAAAAAUCAAAAUUUUGAAUACUGUGUUUUGGACAGUUAGGUGCUCACCUCACACAAAACUACAUGCACAUUUAAGUAUGACAUUUGUGCAAAUACAUAGUGGUGAUAAGUCACAACCUCUUAUAGCAGCACUUCGUAUCUUGGGCACAGAAAAUAGUGCCACAUAGCUUAAUUGGCACGUUCUGAUGCCACUAGGUGCUAGCAGGCAACAAUGCCACACAGCAGGUCUUUGAAGCCAAAUGUGCUAAAAAAAUGCAAAAAUACAAAAAGAACUCCCAAGUGUAAAGCAAUGACACUGAUGGCCAUUAGGAACAUCAUGUAUCAUAUUCACAAAACUACUUAAGAGACAGUGCUGAUCAGGUGGCUGUGAAAUCGACCACCAUCAGGGCCUUCCAAUGCAAUAAAUGUGUGUUGCUUAAGAAUACUGUGCUUCAGAGCUCUGCCUGUUUAUUAGGUGGGUCAGCUUCCCUUAAGAGUUGCAAAAGUGUUUGGCGCCCACCUUCUUGGCUGUCCCCUUCCUUGCUCUGGAGAAUGUGGGUCCCCCUAUCCAUAUGCCACUCUGCAUCAUUUGGCUGUGUAGUAUUGACAUUAAAGCAUGAAUCAUGAAGUCUCAUCUUGCAAAAACUUGUAAUAGCUAUCACUGCUGUUCGGAAGUAUAUUAAGAAAUUGUGUUUCAUUAAAGUUGUACUUCGUCUUGAGCCAUGGUGUUAAAUAAAGAAAUUUGUAAAAAAUGUUGCUAUAUCACACUCCUCGCCGAGAAUACGCAUAUUUACUGGGGGGCGCAGGGGGGGCACUUGCCCCUCAACUGUCAAAAGUGGAGGGGCAAAUAACGCCGUUACUACAUAGGCUACUUAUAUGCUUUGAGAAUACAGUUAAACCUGGAUAUAACGAAAUUGACAAAUUCCCGAAAAACUUCGUUAUAAAG